UUUCUCAUUAUGUUUAUGGACCUAGAGCCACCAGAGGAGACAUCUGCUCCUCCUGCCACUAUCUGCUGCACCUGCUUGUUCAGCAGGGGGCGGUAUGGCGACUCCCUCACCAUCAGCUGGAAGGCGGGAGGAGGAGAAGAAGAAGGAGGAGGAGGGGCGAUCUGCAGGAUGGAGCUGACCAGCAAGCUGGCGGUGUGGCAGCAGCUGGCUGAGAGCUGUGGUCUCACCACUCUACAGCAGAGCCUCCAACAGGUGUGGGUGCUGCUGCUCCUCUGCCUCACCUGCAGACUUUGCUUCAGUGUUGGCUUCGUGCCGGUGGUGAAGCACGUGGUGUCGACACUGGUCGGGAUGUACGGGCUCUUCGUGUUCUUUGAGCUGCACAUCCUGUGGGUGGCUCUGCUCAGCCUCCUCUGUUAUUUCAUCCUCCUGCUCUGCAGACACUCCAGCAGCAAAGGCCUCUUCCUCUCAGCUGUUGUGCUCAUCUACCUUCUGAUUGGAGAGUUGCAUUUAGUAGAUGUGGUUACCUGGCAUAAAAUAAGGGGUUCUCAGAUGGUGGUGGCUAUGAAGGCCAUCUCUCUGGCCUUUGACCUAGACAGGAGAACAGUGAGCAGCCUUCCAUCCUUGGCUGAGUUCCUGGGCUACGUGUUCUUCAUUGGCUCUGUCGUCUUUGGCCCGUGGAUCAGCUUCUCGUGUUAUAAGAGGGCAGUAGAUGGUACAAAGCUGAGCUGGUCGUGGCUGGGUAGUUCCUUCCUCUGCCUCAUGAAAAGUCAGAUUUGUCUCCUGGUGUCAACGUGCAUCGCUCCGUACCUUUUCCCUUUGUUCAUCCCAGUUUAUGGAAAUUCUGUCUCACAAAAGUGGCUCCAUGCUUAUGAGAAUGCUGUGUCCUUCCACUUCAGUAACUACUUUGUGGGCCAUCUCAGUGAAGCCACCUCUAUGUUGGCUGGAUCAUGCUUCACAGAAGAGAAGGAUAAAGUCAGAUGGGAUAUGAGCGUGGUGAAGCCUCUCAGUGUGGAGAUGCCGCGCUCCAUGGUGCUGGUGGUGACAUCCUGGAACAUCCCGGUGUCUGUUUGGCUGAAAACCUAUGUGUUUAAAAAUGCAGUCAAACUGGGAACGUUUCCCUCCAUCUUGGUGACGUACACAGCCAGUGCCCUCCUACAUGGUCUGAGUUUUCAUCUAGGAGCCGUCCUGCUGUCACUUGGACUCAUCACGUACGUCGAGCAUGUUCUGAGGAAGAGGCUUGCUUCUAUCCUGGGUGCCUGCAUCCAGUCCAGACCCUGUAACUCUGGCUGCAGCCAUCCACACAAGAAGAACAUUUGGGUAAAGUUGCUGAACCUGAGUUUCAGCUUUCUGGUCAUUUUUCAUCUCACCUACUUGGGGUCCAUGUUUGAUCCUGGAGCCGAUGAACAGGAAGCAGAAGAGGGCUAUGCAGCCAUCCACACCAUUCAGAGGUGGUCUGAACUAAACUGGGCAAGCCACUGGGCUGUCCUGGGGUGCUGGGUCUUCUACCGUCUGAUUCUCUGACCCAGGUUCAUCUGUUGGAAUACCAAAUGUCUAAAACAGGAGCAAACAGCAUUGUUAUGAGACUUACCACCAGAUGUAGACCCACAAACACCCACGAUGGAGCCAGGACUACAACUCCCAUGGGUGCAGCCAGCUGUAACCGAUUCCUCCACAGAACAUGAGCUGAAGGAGCAUGUGAAGACGUGGUAGCCGGGUUCUUGUUUGGAGUAUUUAGGGUUUGGUUACAGUUUAUAUGCACCACUGAUGUUUUAGCACAGUUACAGAAAAACAGAUCUGACUAAACGCUGUUCAUAAAGAAAUGAAACUCUUCUGUCAUCAGAUCCGAGUUUAUUCUGUGUGAUGAUGUAACUCCUGGUUUAUGAGUAACUGCAGCGUUUUACAAAGAUGGAGGUGCCGAAGGUGACUGAUGCAACGUUUUAAGUUUAAGUUCAUAAUAAACCACUCUGAUAUCCCAAGUGUCUCUUGGGUCUUCAUGUUUGUGGAGGAAAGACUUCAGCUGGGCUUCCAGUGUGUGUGUGUGUGUGUGCGUGCGUGUGUGUGUGGCACGACCGUGUGUUUCCUGGUGACUUAUGUGCAGAUGAAGCAGCCGACAUGAGCCCAAACCCGCUGCAGGAUGAUCAGGAAGGCCAACAAGUAGAAUAUCAGAGUAACAGCCUGGGUGGACGGCGGAGACGUUCAUGGAAAGGAGAGGACAAGGGUAGAAAUGAGAAGAGACAACAGAGACAAACACGUCUUUGAGAGUUGAAGCGUCUUUGAUUCCUAAAAUAUCAUUUUCCUUUCAUUUCGUCCUCCCUGUCAGAGCUCGUCUCUGAGAGGAGGACUGUCCUCCAGCUGUGUGGAGGACAUGCUCCCUUACUGAUGGACUAAGACGAGGUGCACCUGGCCCCUCCUCCAGCUCAUAGUAAUGGAGACGUCUCUCUCUACGUUGGUGUUUAAGCUUAAGUUCUACCGAUUUUGAUGGUUCUCUUUAAGUAAAGCUGUGAGACAACACAUAUCCACAUGUGGACAUGUCUAACCUCCAUGUGUCUGCAUUCACCAUUGAAUGGACUGGUUUUGUCCCCAGUCUGAGACGGGAGGAUCCAUACCUGCUGUGUGCUCAGUCCCUCCUGCUCCCUGAUGGUUUCCUCCUCUACAGGUGGAGGUGCCUCCAGCUCCUGGUGUGUCUUCUCUCUCUCCUUCCUUUCUGCUCUAAUCGGAUCUGGUUCUAGCUCAUUUGAGACGGGCUCUGGAGUGUCCAGUUCCCAAGAGUCUCUGUCCGGUGCUGGAUCCAGGAGGACUGGAGCUUCUUCCUGAUCCAUCAGCUCUACUGGUUCCUCAGGGGGAGAUCUUUGUUCUGGAAUUUUCUCUGGAGCUGGUUCCAGAACAGCCAACAGGUUGUGCUCUGAAGGUUCCUGCUGCUGCUGGUCCAGUUCUGUGCUCUGCUUUAAAGGUUCUUUGGGUUCCUCCUGGUCUGAAUGAACUUCUAGAUCUUCAGGAUUUUUCUCCACAACUAAAGGAAAGACCAAAAUAAGAAAUACCACCAAUGGGUUCUAAAUGGCUUGGUUCUGUAACCCCCCAAGGUGCUUUACUACUGGUCACUCACACACUGGUGAUGAGGAGCUACACGUCUAGCCACAGCUGCCCUGAGGCUCACUGACAGGCCUCAGCAGGGUGUCCAGGUUUAGGACACAAGCACUGCGACUGAUGGGGCGUGAACCUGCAACUCAUGCUCAUGGGUACCACAGGUUCAGGGUUGGUUUUAGUUGGACCUCUCGCACCUUGGGACCAACAGCUACAGGGUUCUGCUUUACAGCUCACCAGGUUUAAGUGGAGUUAAAGCAGGCACUACCAGAACCUGCGACAGCCAAAUGAAAGACCUGAUGGCUCCUGACUCAUGCCUGAUUGUCUCUGAAGUCAGAGGUCCAAAUGGACGGUUUAUUUGGAGUCCAGUCCAACCACGACUAAGACUUUAUUAUCACUGGUCUUGUUCUUUAGGAUGGAGUUCUGAUGCGGGUGUUGUUCACACUGAGCGGUGUCAGUAAUGAAAGUGAUGCUAGUCUACCUGUCCGUUAAGACUAGGGACAGGUAGACUAGCUGCUGCUUCCAGCUGUGGGAGGACUCUGGACUGAUGCUGGAUAGACAAACGGAUGAACUAGAACAAGACCAUGGUUUCUUUACUCGCCUUUGAUGAAGCUGAGGCUCUUCAGAGCUCGCUCUUGGUUGCUGAAAUCAAAACUGUAUCUGCUCAAAGUCUCGUGGGUUGGUUUGGGUGUCUCUGAUGGACAGGAGCAGGUUGCCGCUGUCAUUCUGAGAGGGAAGAUGGAGGACAGGAAGAGGUAAACAAACCAGAGGAGCGAUGACUUCCAAAUUUGUAUGUUUCAAAAUAAAAACUCACUUUGUGAUCAGAGCUCCUGAAUCCUGAAGGUUGAGCAAAGACAAGUGAGAAAGCGACAUGAAGCCAGAAACAUCAUGUGACUUGCUCGCAUCAACCCACCUGAACAAACGCAGCCAUGUCCAGCUCCACCAUGCUGCUCAAUGCACUCUCCACUAGCUUGCCGUUUGCCUCCAUGCUGUUGCCAUAGCAACGGACCAACAUCUGUGUUUGACCUAUUUUCUGUUCCUCUUCAGAGCUGAUUUUUUGUGUCAUUACCUUCAGGUAAAAAGAGCAUUAGAGCUGGUGUCUAAGCAUGGUCAUGAUGUCACUCUUUAUUAAAGAGCAUCAUCCAGCCUAUCAGAAGCACCAGGUGUGAGUUCUGAUUCAUCAGUUUUCACACGCCUCAGCUCUGAAAACAGAAACGGUUGAUGUUUACAUCAGCGGGAGUGCUCCUGUGGAACUUCAUAGACAAAACUAUCAAAUACAAACACGUGAGCAAGCCCCGCCCAUCCGCUCAGGUAGACCUCACAUCAGAGUGUAAUAAGGUCACAGGAAGUGCUGCUGCUGCUGCUUCCUGUUGGCUCUGUAGCUACAAGUCAUACAGAAUGAAACUCCUACCUUCUGUUUUUCCUCCAGGAUGGAGACCAUGUGGUCAAAUGUGUCACACACCUUCUGUUUCUGAGUCUUAUAGUUCUCCUGUGGAGGGCAGAAGGAAGGUCAGCACCCAAGACCAACAACAGCUCUGACUCACCGUGUUCAGAGACAUGGUUUGUCUGAAAUCUGACUUGAGCACAGCUCCCUUAUGGAAUAAAGACACAUCAUGUUAUUCCAGGAUCCGGCAGAGGUCAGGUUAGGGUUAGCUAACACCUGACCCAGCUGGGAUCCACACUUCCAGCCUGUGAGGCCAAAACCAAGUCUGUGAUCUGGAUCAGAGCCAUCUGUAACAACUCCGUGAUACUAAAACUCAUUCUGACGACAGCACAGGUAGCAGGUUCCUCCUCCCGACUGACCACCUAAAGAACACCUGGAUGUUUCUGCAGCUCUCCUCCAGCUCACUGAUGAGCAUCUGGACUCUGUCACUGAAUCCCAUCAAGGACGUGACGCCUUCACUGAGCACCUCCUGAAAAACAAAAAGAAACUGGUUUUAGGAGUUUCUUUGGAGUUUAGGUUGAUGAUGCUGAUCAUUUCCACCCCUGCUUCAUCCGCUUGUCUUCUGAUCGGCUUUGGUUCCACUGGAAGUUGGAACCUUCCUGGACUUUAGACACCAGAGCAUAGAAAACCCUGUAAGAUCAUUCUGUGACCAUGUGCUCAUCAUUCACACCUUCUGCUGCUGGUAGACCUCUGCCAGAGGAGCCACGUGGCACGACUCAUGAGUACCAAACACUUUGCAGAGAGAACAUGUAGGAAUCUGACAGGUCAGACAGUAGAUGUUCAGCUUUUCUCCUUCAUGGUGAGAACAUGUGACAUGAGGCAGGGAGAGGGGCGGAGGGGGGAGUAGGCUGGAAGGGAAGACACGAGGAUGCAUUAGUCUUCUUUUUUAAUGGUAGACAUAUCAACGUGUGUCGUCUCCCUCCACCUUGGUGCAUUGUUGAUUUCCUGUUUGUAGACAUCAAUGAUGCUCUCUACCAGCAGGUUCCUCUGCAGGCCAUAGACCCCAUGGCGAUCCAGCAGCACUUCACGUCUGCAGGAUGGACAUCGGAAGUGCCCGCUGUUCACCAGCAUGGUGGUUCGAGCAUGAAACAAAGAUGGCUGCAUUCAAAAGAGAAUACAAAGAUGCUACCAUGAUGGAUGGUUAACAUGCUUACAGUUUCUCUCAGAUGCUAAAACACUAAAAUCCGUUGACUGAAGAAAGUUCUCAGUUGCUUGAACUCAUUGAGCUAACUGUUGAGCCUGUUGCCAAAACCUUAAACCGUUCACACGGUUUAGUAGAACUCUAAACGCAUUCUGCACUCUAAUGUACGUGUCGUCCAUAACGGUAAACACAAGCGGCACAUUUACCCACAAGAGCACAAAUGUCAUUGGUUGAACACAAUUAGUCAAAAUAGAUUUCACUUGUUUCAAAUGAUGUGACAACCAAUGUAAGCAAGUUCAGAGAGCAAACAGGUUGUUGAAGGUGGGAAUGAGAAAGUGUGACAAUGGAUAGAAGAACUCAUGUGAGAAGACAGGUGCGUAUGCGAGGUGGGGGAUGAGGAGGAGGGCAAGAAAGAGAAAGAGGAGGAGGAAGAGGAAGAGCAGGACAAAGAGUUUACUGGUGGUUCCCAGAAUAUCUAAAAUUAGGAUGGGAGGCAGAUCUUUAAGUUAUCAGGCUCCUCUCAUGUGGAACCAGCUCCCAGCUUUAGUCCGUGAGGCAGACACUUUGUCUACUUUUAAGAAUGGGCUUAAAACAUUUUUAUUUGAUAGGGCCUAUGGUUAAAAUCUGAUGUUAGCCUAGAUUGGGACAAGUGGGGGAGUGGAGGGAGGUGGAGUGUACAGUCGGUCUUUCUUCUACAGUCUGCUCUUUAACUGUAUUAUUUCCUGCUAUUUCAGCUGUUAACUUUAUUUUCUCUCUAAGUGUUUUUCUCCCCAGAAGAAGCUAUAACGAUGUUCUGCUGAGCUGUGGUGGCCUCAUGGAGGGGGCCAUCGACUAGCACACUGCUGCUAACCACUUAAACAUUCUCUCUCUCCUGAUAAUAACAUUUUACUCUCUUUGACGUUGAAUGUGCUACUACUAGUUUAUCCGUUUAAUUAUAGAUUCACUAGGAUAAAUACAAUAAAGUUAAUCUCUCACCUAAUAGAAUAUUUACUAAGAAAUCACAAUGUAACCAUAGAAACACUACUUGGUGUGUGUGUGUGUGUGUGUGCGUGCGUGCGUGCGUGCGCGCGCUCUGUCUUCUCGAUCCCCAGUGAGUCGUGGAGGAUGGCUGCUUAUACUGAACCAGGAUUCUCUGGAGGUUUCUUCCUGUUAAAAGGGAGUUUUCCUCUCCACUGUCGCUGCAUGCUUGCUUAGUAUGAGGAUUGCUGUAAAGACUCUGACACUAGUCAGUGAUUCGAUGCAGCCUGCUGGGUUCCUUAUAUAGGAAACUUGUUACUGAUUGGCUUAAUGACCUGACCUGUAUUAGAGUGUUUACUGUGUGAAGGUCCUUGAGAUGACUCGUCGAGAUUUGGCGCUUUAUAAAUAAACUUGAAUUGAAUUCUAACUUAGUUUGCCUGUUAAGAGCUGACAGUAAGUAGAGUCCUGACUACGUUUCUCUCUCAGAGGUUACCCAGCCUACAUCCAUCUGUAAGAAGGAACCAGCCCGGCGGCUGCAUUACGUUUCUGGUUCUCAUCCACGCUGAGAUGCUGGAGUAGAGGUUUUAAAGGCUAAAGUUUACAAAUCAAAUUCAAACAAAUAAGUUUAGACAUUUCAUUAAGUCUUGGUUUUAUGUAUAAACAGUAUAUCCUUGUUAAAAUGUGUGACUGUGUUACAAUACUGGAUUACCACACACACACACACACACACACACACACACACACACACACACACACACACACACACACACACACACACACACACACAGGUCUGUAUGUGUGAACCGUUCUGGUGUGAACUGAGUGCACCUGGUACAGCUCGUUAGCACACUUCCUGCAGAGGUUGUGUUGGCAUGGCAGGAUGACCACAGGCUUGUUGAAGAUAUCUUGACAGAGUGGACAGAUCAGCUGUUUUUCCAGCUUUGUGAGCUCAGCUUCUCGUUCUGCUCCAUGACUUCUCUGCAGGAAGCUCAGGUCUGAUGACAGAGACAUGGCUGCUAUCACCUGUUAGAAUCAGAAACACUCCGUCAGAACAUCUGGAGCGUCUGUGAUGGAGCUGCUGAAAACAGCAUUCUCCAAUCUGUAUUUCUCCAACGUUGCAUAAACAUGAGCUGAGAUCUUCUCUAGCAGACACCUUCUGAAUCGGUGCUGAGACCAGGCACAAGUGUCUCGGCAAGGGUCAAAGUUUUUUUUAAAUCAUCCUUCCUCUUUGAAGAAGAGGAGCUGGGUUAUGAGCUGACACUAAAAAGAAGUGUUAACAGCAGCGCUUUAUUUUAUCUUCAGCAGUCUUUUGGUUAGCGGUCGUAUGCUUUCGGGAGGUGCGCUCAUGGCGCAGCAUGUCCUGUUGGAGCGAGACUUUGUGCAGUCUGACUCACUGAAAAAUUGUGUACAGUGUGACACCUUUCUGGAGUUCUCACAGAGUGACAUGAACAAUCCUGUAGCCUGGCAAGCCAGACUAAAUAAUGCAAUGGCCAAAAAUCUCACAAUAUGAUCAGGGCUUCAGAGAUAAAAUGAGAGGGUUGAUCAUCCAGGAAGGGCUCGGAAUGGAUCCACUGCUCCUCCAGCAUGUGCGAACAUGCUUACUAUGUUAAAUAUGGUAUACUUACUAUAUUAACAUGUAUUUUAUUCACUAGUUGAUUUCUCUGUAAUUCAAAACAUCAAUAGUAUAAAAAGUACAAGGAAGAUAGUAACAUUAGAAAAUCAAACUAAACCAAACAUUUUUGUUUUUUACUAAUCAGAUACUUUCAGAUAAUGAAAUAUAAAUCUUCUUUGUGUGAAUGAUUUGACGAUUUCUUUAGAAUGGAUCAGUAACAUGACUUUCUGAGCACAUAGGAGCAGCUAACCUGUUCCUGUUCAGGCCCUGACCCUGCGCCCUGCACAGGACCUAAGCAGCAAUGUCAGUUUUUCAUAGUGUUCAGCGUUUUUGUCAUAAACGAACAAAUACUUCCAAAAACUACAGAAUGCCAUUUAAAGAGCAUUUAAUGUUCUUUAAAUGGCAUUUAAUACAAAACCUUUCAAGUAACUGAUAAGUUAUGAUUAUGUUUCCAAACAUGCAACACAAAAAUUCUCAUGAAAUGAAUAAAACUGAAGAUAUUCAAGCUAAAUGUGAUGAAAACACAAAAAUCUGAAUAGUUUGAACUGAAGUAAAAGAUAUAAAACAGGCAGUGGCGGCAGGCCAGUAGAGGGCGAUAGGGCGCCGCCCUCCCAGUUUUCCCCAGUGUUUUUAAUUUGUUUUAUAUAUAUAUAUAUAUAUAUAUAUAUAUAUAGAUCUCUGCCAAGCGGUGAGGCUGUUGGCUGUUUUUGAAUCACCCAAACUGCACGGCACCAGCCGACCAAUUGCUGACAAGAAAAUCAAAGGGUAGGAAUGGGAAUGUAUCCAAUCAGCGUCGACGUUGAUUCAGAAGCAUGAUGGGCGAUGGAGCUACCGCCAAAGGCUUUCGUUGGUGUUCGGUAGAACUCGGUAGAACUCGGAAGAGUCGUUUUUGGUCCUGACGCAGAUGUAACAUGAACGCUGCCGGUGACUACAACCAGCAUGGAUACCGGAUCUCAGCAGCCACUGAAUUCAGUUCGGUCUCAUCUCCAGUAUCCGUUCAGAGGAGAACUAUGGUGGAAAAAUUUAAUGUCAAAGAGCUUGGACCAGAUCAGCCCGACGUAAAGAUAAGCCAGCAGGAGAAGGAGAGAGGUAAACUGUACACACUAGGCUUCUCCCGAAAUUGGUACACCAGGAAGGCUUGGCUAGCUGGAUGCAAUCACGCUAAUGCGUUAUUUUGCUUUCCGUGUUUGUUAUUCAAAACGGCUGGGACAGAUAAGGCAUGGAUGAGUCAGGAGUUACAGACAUGAAACAUUUUUCUGAGAAGGUGAAGAAACACGAGUCAUCCCGGGCACACAUGGACAACAACAUGGUGAAGCUAGCCAUGCUAGGCAGCAGAGCUAACGUUGCCAUGCAGGGAGAACAGCAGCUGGGUGCAGAGAGGAUUAAGACUUUCCUUGAGGAACACCAUGACACAGGAUGGGCUGAAUGCUCUUGCCAUGCUCUCCAUGGAAAAAAGCUUGUCACAAACAUUCCUGACUUCAAUAUAAAACUCAUCGAGAGCUUUGCCACUCAGAAGGACAGAAGGGCAACAUUUCUGUACAAAUGAGCUGCAGGAGGCCAUUGGAGAUGCUGAGUGACAUCACUGCUUUGUCACGCUGCUUUCCGGUGGCGUAGAGCACACAACCAUCAGAGGAUAUCUUCAGCGCUAAGGAGACAUGAAGCCUGCAGGAAAGCAGGUCACUGUUGCAGCCAAAGCUGACACCCGUGGAGUUCAUGGUCCUCAGGUUGAUGUAGCCACUGCUGGCCUUCACGUUCCUGAAGCAGCCCCUCACAGACCUCUGCCUCACAAACAGGCUCUUCAAGCUAAGUGACAAACCAAAAAGAACUAAACAGUUUCAUGUUUUCUCCUCACACACACGAAUGUCACGACUAACUGGGUUCUUUACACACCUCACAGGGACGUGUCGCUCUGGUACCCCUCCCAGGUAGUAGUUGUCACCGAACUGAGGGAUCGUAGCCGCCAGCCGGAUGAGGAAGAGGUUCACCUGAGCGUGUCUGACCACGAUGGAGUUCCGGGACGUCAGGAAGAUAACCACCAGCUUCACAGCAGGAAACAAGUGGACAACCCCCCAAAAUCAAUGAUGAAUGUUUUUAUUAAUAAGCAGCAUUCUGACAUCUCUGUGAUGAUGCCAAAACACACACAGCUAAAUUACCCAUAAUGCCUUGUGUAAAAGAACUAUGGAGACUUUAUUAUUCAAAUCAGGUUGUAAUAAUUAAGAUACUCUUUCAGCUGAAGGACCUUUACUGAAUUAAAUGUUCAAGACUCA